AAUAUAUAUUUAAAUUUUUACAUAAGUGUUUAAUCAUCGCUAAAAAAAUAUGCCAAAAACAUUGAUUAUAGUGAUUCUGGAUGAAAGUGGAAGUAUGGGAAACAAAAAGAGUGAUGUAUUGGGUGGGUUCAAUAGUUUUGUGUCCGAUCAAAAACAAAUCAAAAAUGAUCAUGCUAGAUUGUACAUGGUCAAAUUUAAUACUACAGUUUCCAUUGUACAUAAAGGCAUAGACUUAGCCAACGUACCUGAAUUGACAGCAAAUAACUAUUUGCCGGGAGGUAUGACCGCACUGUACGACGCUAUAGCAGAGGGCGUACGACUUGCCGAUAGAGACAAGAAAGACGAUGAACGGGUCAUAUGUGUUAUUAUGACCGACGGAGAGGAGAACUCCUCUCGCGAGACAACCAAACAACAGGUAAAAGAUAUCAUAACCGGGUAUCAGAAUAGAGGCGACUGGACUUUCGUCUAUAUCGGUGAAAACCCGGACCGAUGGAGCCGUGACGCCGGUAUGUCCGGUGGCAAUGCCAUCAACUAUGAUCACGUGGACACCCGACGCAACUAUAUGAUGGCCAAUAGUGCCGUUUCACAGUUUCGCAAAUCACUGUCCAAACAGAGCAGCAAUUUGUUGUCAAAUUAAGUAUCGAUAUUACUGUAUUGUAAAAACAUAUUUAAUUUAGUUAUUAAUUUGGUUUUUUAAAAGAUUGAUUAAUUUUUAUUUAAAAUAAUUUGUAUAUACAAUAUAUACUUAAUUUUUCAAAUUAUUUUCUAAUGUUAAAUAAUUGUA